UGAGACUAAUAUAUUGGGGAUCGCUUUAUUUAUCUGCAUUAUUUUAAAAAAGUCUGCAUCAUUCUAGAAAAGUUUGUUCUCUACGCAUAGCUCGUGGAACACACAGUAAGAAAAUGGCACAAGAAAAAUUUUAUGCCGUUGUUGAAUUUGAGGAUGGGCUUCAAAUUGUUCCAAAUAAUUGGUUGAAUUCGAAUUUAAACAAGGCUGUUUGGCCAAAUUUCACUAACAACAAGCGUUACUAUAAGGCUGUGAAAUUUAUGGAAAACCCAGAACCUACAUGGAUAGAACAUCCAAUUCGGAAAAUCUAUGCAAAAGACACAAACUAUGAAUUAGCAAGAAGAAAAUUAAAAGAUGCUGAAGAACUAUCAGAUAUCAAUUCUGGUACUGACAAAGAGGAAGUAUUAAAAAAAAAAACAAGAAAAUAUAGAGCUGCUAAGCAAUUUGAUGAAACUUCUAUAUUAAAUAGUGAUGAUGAAUGCGACGAAAAUUCAUUUAUUUUGCAGCUUCCAAUGCCUGUUAGGCCUGUACAUACCUCUGAAAAAAUGAAAAAGGCAAAAUUGUCACAGAAAGGUGAAAGCAUAAAAAAUUAUAUUAAUAGUCAGAAGAAUAAUAUAAAGGAUAAUCUUCUGGAUCGGGAGAUUGUAUUGUAUAGUCAGGAUAGAUCAAGUCUGAAUAUUUAUUCCAACGUUAAGCAUGUAUAUGUACACUAUUAUUGCGAAACUUAUACGUCUUCAAGUCGUGCCGUGAACGAUUUCAAUCCUUCCGAGCUGGGAGUUCCAAUUUCGCCGUCCGUUCCGAGUUAA